AUGACCCCACUCCACCCCCUCGUAUCUGAUGAAAAGCACCCCCUAAAGAAGUUGCUCUCCUCUCAGGCUCCUGAGAAGCAGCGGGAAAACGGGACUCGGCUGGUGACGCAGUUCGUGCUGGUGGGAUUCUCCAACCUUCCAGACCUGAGGACCACACUCUUCGCGCUGUUCCUCCUCACCUACCUGGUCACCCUCAGUGGCAACGUGACCAUCGUCACCAUUAUCCACGCGGACCGGACCCUCCAUACUCCCAUGUACCGCUUCCUGGCGGUGCUGUCCCUGUCGGAGACCUGCUACACGCUGGUCACCAUCCCCAACAUGCUGGCUCAUCUGCUGAUGGAGAGCCAGGCCAUCUCCAUCGCGGGCUGCCGGGCUCAGAUGUUCUUCUUCCUGGGCCUGGGAUGCAGCCACUGCUUCCUCCUGACCUUGAUGGGCUAUGACCGGUAUGUGGCCAUCUGCCACCCGCUGCGCUACUCGGUGAUCAUGAGACCCACCAUCUGCUUGUGCCUGGGAGCCCUGGUUUUCUGCUCUGGGUUCUCGGUGUCCUUGAUCGAGACCAGCCUGAUCUUCUCGUCGCCCUUCUGCCGCGGACAGCGCGUGGAGCACUUCUUCUGUGACAUCGGCCCGGUGCUGAAGCUGAGCUGCGCCCAGGGCGCGCGCACAGCGCUGGGCAUCUUCUUCCUGAGCGUCCUGGUAGUGCUGGUCUCCUUCCUCCUCAUCCUCCUGUCCUACGCCUUCAUCGUGGCCGCCAUCCUGAGGAUCCCGUCGGCAACCGGCAGGUGCAAGGCCUUCUCCACCUGCGCCGCCCACCUCACCGUGGUCAUCGUGCAUUUUGGCUGCGCCUCCAUCGUCUACCUGCGGCCCGAGUCUGGAGGAAACCCCGACCAGGACCGCCUGGUGGCUGUGUUCUACACGGUGGUGACGCCGCUGCUGAACCCUGUGGUGUACACUCUGCGGAACAAGGAGGUGCGGGUGGCUCUGAGGAGGACCCUGGCGCGCAGCCGCGGAGUGAGGCAAUGA